UCUCACGGUCUGUCGGUAAAGUCGAGUGAGAGAGUUUGGAAGCGUUCGGGUUAAGGUUAUGUACUUUUAUUGUUUCGUCAAUUUAAUAGCUACGUUUGUUUCUAAUAAUAAAUAUUCGUUACAAUCCGUUGAGAUUCCUAUUUAAAUAAACGAAUACGAGGAAUCUGUUGUUAUUUUGUCUUAAGUAAUUGUUAGUUUUCUGUUUAAUCGUAUUUAGAGCAGUCAGUAUUUGUAUUUAAAUAAAGAAAAACGUUCCUUGGAAAGCGUUAAUUUCUUUAUUCGCUGACUGUAAAAUUAAUCAAAAUUUUCCUUUGAAAGCAUCAUUAUACUCUGAUAAAAUAUGAUACUCCCAAGAGGACUAACUUGUAUCUUACUUAGGCGAUAUCCAAUAACAAGAGUAUCUAGUAAUUCUUAUUUUUGUUGUUACAACGUUGCAUUUAAUGUUAAUGUUAAACAAUGUCAAUGGUAUUCUACGAAAAGGGAUGUAACUAAGAUAGAUUCCAAGGAUACUAAAAACAAAGUAAGCACGGAUUUUAUGGAAGUAGUUAAGCAAAAUACAAUAUCUGCCGGAUACCUAAUAAUUAUAGCAGUGGGCAUUACCCUUUCAAUCUAUAUCGGUUAUUCCAUACUAUACGAAUUGUUUUCUAGCAAGAGUCCGUAUGGAAUUUACAAUAGAGCUUUGGAUCAUUGUCAAAAGAAUACAAAAGUUCUGGAUGCUCUUGGAGAACCCAUCAAAGUUUAUGGCGAAGGAAGAAGAAGAAGAAAUCAUUUCAGUCAUGGUUUCUACGAAAAAGAUGGAAUGAAAUAUUUGAGAUUGAAAUUCUAUAUGGAAGGGAUAAGACGUAGAGGCACCGUAUAUGUGGAAGCAAAAAACGUGUCCGAUAAUUACGAAUUUACAUAUAUAUAUAUGAAGCUGGAUGAUGUUCUUGGAAGUGUUCUUACAAUAGAACAUAAUGAAAAGUAGGAAUCAGCAGUGGCGACGAAUGAACGUGGCUGCGUUAAUUAAUUGUUUACAAGUCUUGCGAAUUUUUCAGAGAAAAUGAAUUGUACAUAUAGGAGGAUUUAUAUUGCAUUUCGUCGUUUAAUCGUAACUCGAUUAGAAGCUAUAUAAUUCGAAGAACACGUCAACAUACUGUUUGUCCUCUUCGUACGAAAUUCCAUCAAAAGAAAGAUAUUAAGAAGAAGCACGUGUAUUCUACGAGCUCGACAAUAGUAAUUUCUCAAUGUAAGAGCGAGUAUACCGAGCGCGGGAGUUCUCUCUCACGCGCUUCUUUGCCAAUACCAGUAGAAUCGAACUAACAGUCGUGCAUCCGUCGGCGAAGUACGAGCGACUCGUUACGCAUACGCGAUUAAGUAUGAAAAAAAUCCCACAUCAACAGAGAAAAUAUUUCGUGACCGUCUUAUAAAAUAGGAAUUUUAAUUACGUCACAAUCGACGGAGACUUUUUCUUCUUCUUUUAAACGAUCGCUUAAAACAAGUGCCGAUUUAAUUAUUUUCUCGUAUACAUAUAUCGAAGGUGAAAAGAAAAUAAAGGAAGAGGAUAAAAAGAAAGAUUCGUUUAAACAGUUGCGGACUACGGAAUCACGUUCGUUGGUAAGGAGUAAA